AUGGGAUCAUGUGUUGCGGUGUCAAAACCGACUCAAUCAAAUAAUCCAAAAUUAAAUAAUACAAAACCUAAAAAGAAAAUCCCUUCUGCUUCAGCUCCAGUUUCACCUAAAAAUAAUAAUCAAAAAACAAUAUUUUCUUAAAAAAAAAUACCACAAACUUCUAAUUGCCCCUAAUAAUUACUUAAAUUAAAUAAAGUAGCAAUAUCUUAACAUUAUUCUGUUAUAUAUGAAAAAGUACCUAGCAAAAUACGUAUUCAUAAAUUAUAGUUUUAGUUAAUGCAAAUUAGUCUUUUGUUUAGAACAAUUUAAAUGGUAAAAUUAGAAUAGUGGAAACAUUGCCAAAAUCAGUUCCAGAACAUUCAGAAUACAUCAAUUAACUAUUAACUCGUAAUUUAGUAUUUUUUUUAUUAAAAAUAUUUAGAAUCAUCCUAAUCUUAUUAAAAUAUUUGAUAUCUAUGAAGAUUUAGACACAUAUAAAAUAAUAUUUGAAAAUUACACAGGAGGUAUUUUAUAUAUGAAAAAUGAUGGAAUUGGUAUGUUAGAGGACAUAGUUGGCACAAUAAUUAAAUAAAUAAUAGACGUUAUUUAUUAUUUACAUUAACAUAAACUAACUCAUGGAAAUUUAUAAUUGAAUAGUUUUGCAUUAAAUGAUGAAAGUGAUUAACAAACAAUUAAAUUAAUUGAUAUUAAAAGUAUUUUUGUAAAAGAACCAAUAACAAUAUAGAAUGCUCCUUAUAUAGCACCAGAAGGAUUCCGUGAAUAACAUAUUAAAGGUAAAUAAAGAGAUGUUUGGUCUAUUGGAAUUAUUGCUCAUUUUUUAUUAACUGGUUUUUUACCAUAUAAAGGAUCAAGUGUAUAAAAAAUAUAAGCUGAUGUAAAAAGAGGUAUUUUAGAUAUGUCAUCUUUGUAAUUUGAUAAAAUAUCGGCUGAAGCUAAAGAAUUUUUAUCAAAUAUUUUAGUUGUAAAUCCAUCUAAUAGAAUGGAAUUAUCAAAUUUAACAAAAACUAAUUGGAUGAUUAAAUAAAAAAAGAAAUUUGAAAAUAAAAUUAAAACUGAUUUACAAAAUAUGAGAAAACUAAAAAAAUUGAGUUUUUUACAAUAUUGUAUACUAUAAUAUAUGUCUACAUAAUACCUUAGUGAAUAAUCAUCUAGUCUUUUUUAAGCAUUUAAUGAUAUUGAUACUAAUAAGGAUGGUAAAAUCACUAAAUACGAAUUAAUGAAUGCAUAUUAAAAAUUAUAUGAAAACUAUGAAGAUGCAUUUUAAGUUGUAAAUGAAAUAUUUUCCAGAGUUGAUCAAGAUGGUAAUGGUGAAAUUGAAAUUUAAGAAUAUAUUCUAGCAUUGACAGAUAAGAAAUCAUUGCUAACUGAAAAUAAUCUUAAAGAUACAUUCAGAAUGUUAUCUAAUCGAAAAGGUAAUAUAACUAUCACAAGUCUUCUUUAACAAUUUAACAUAUAAGAAGAAUUAAUUGAAUCAGAAUUCUCUAAAUUAUAAAAAAAAAAUGUAUAUUAUAAACUUAUAUAUAGAUAUCUUUUUAAGAUUUUAAGCUCUAUAUGGCUGAACUUAUUUGA